CUAAGCUCGAAUCGAAACUCGGAAGUCAAGUAUAGUCUGAAAUAAUUGUCUGAAAAAGGAGAGUCCAAAACCUUUUACUAGAAAGAAUAUGUGUUUUCUGCGAUGUAUUUCAUGUAGUUUUGCUGUUAGAAUACACGUCUAAAGAAGCAAACAAUGACUUCGUUGGUUAUACUAGAGUCGGAUGCAGAUGAGUUGUAUGAAAUUGACAAACGUCUUCGUAAAGAUGGUUUCAAGACUGAGAUCUCUGUUGAACACAAACUUAGAUAUCUUUGGCGACAGCUGUUACGUUCAGAAACAAGCUUGUCCUCAUCACUAGAAAGUGUUGAAGAACUACGUAAACAGCAUGCACAGGAAAUGGUUGAAGUUGAGACUUAUGUUGAUCACAUUAGACAAUUAUCAAGUGAAAGAGAAGCUCUAACAUUAGAGCUUGAAGUUGAAAAUGAAAAAUUGAAGUCUGAUUUGGAAGAUUUAAAACAAGAUCAAGAGUCGCAAAUGAUAGGUCUGCCAGAGAUUGCUGCACUUCUGAAAGAUUCUGGUUUGAAAUUAGAAAAUGUCAGAAAUAAACUAGACAUGAAGAAUUAUUUAGGAAAUUUAGCAAAGGAAAGUAACCAAGUUUCAGAAAGAAUCAAGCAUCUUGAGUUAGAAAAUGGACGACUGAAAAGUUCAGGUGUCCCGUCAGACUCAAAGAGAGUAGAGCUUCUUGAACAGGAACGAAAUGAGAUGGAAAAUGAAAUAAAAAGAAUGCAAGACAACAUGAGAGUUGUAAAACAGGAAGAACGUAGGCUGCAUGAAGAGGAAGUGAAUGGGAUAAAAAUGGAGAAACAAGAAAUGCAGAAGAAAUUAAACACAAGUGAAAAGAAAUGUAAAGAUUUACAGAUAGAGGUUUUAAACCUGAAAAGGAAAAUAGAAGAUGAACAACGAGCACAUAAUAAAGAUAUGACUGAGUUGAUUCGCAAGCAACAUGCAACAGAUAACCAGGAGAAUGGAUUGAACACAGAACUAAAUAACAGGUUGAUCAAAGUCAUGGAAGAAAUGGAUCAAGUUAAAAAUAAACAGAAUGAAGUUGAGAAAGAAAAAAGUGAUUUGCAAGAAACUGUUGAUGAGUUGGAGAGGGAUUUGAAAACGGAAAAAGAUUCAUUGCGUGUUUCUAGAAUAAAAGAUGAAGCCAUUUUAAAAGAUUUAAAAAAGGAAUUAGAAACCAGUAAACAGCAAUGUAUGGAACUACAGAUUAAAUUGAACAAAAUGGAGACAGAAAAGAAACAUACAGACAACAGAUUACAGCAAGUGCAGCAUGACCUCACAAACUUACAACAAAUUAACAGUGAAAAGGACAAGGAUCUUUCAUCUUCAAUGAGGUUCCAGGCUCAUAUUCGUGAAUUAUCAGAGGCUAAGGAAAAGCUUGCAUUAGAACUUGAAACCGCGAACGAAAUGAUCAGCGAACAACGAAAUAUCGUUGAUCAACUUACACUGCAGUUGGCUGAACGAGAGAAAACCAUCAGUGACAAAGAACAACAAAUAGAAAAGACUGAGAAAGAUUUAAAAAAUGAGAUGAACAGGUUGCAACAGCAACUUUCUCUGACUACCUCAGAAGCGAUCGAUCUUCGAAAUGAACUAACAAGAACUAAAGAUGAAUAUGACGAGGUAAUCAUUAGAGUGAAGCAAGAAGCUGAACAGUUGAAUGAAAAAUACAAUGAAAACGUUGGCAAACACGAGUCAACAUCACAAGAAGUAACUUCGCUCCGGGCUCAAAUCUCUGAACUAAAACAGGACCUAAAUGCUUCGUUAUCAGCGAGUGUUGCCAGGGAACAGGAGACAAGCGGGCAGGUGGAAAGCUUGGAAAAAACCCGCAAUGAAUUGGUGUCUGAGCUGAAUAGAUGUAUUGAACAAGGAAAGAAGCAGAAAGAGGAAUUGGGAAAUCAAAACAUUCGAAUCAGUCAACUGGAACAAGAGAAAUCUUCCCUGCAAUCCAUAGUCUUGUCUCAAGAGCGUAAAGUCUCUGAAACACAUGAAAAACUUCAACAAACAGAACGCAAACUGGCUGAACAAGAAGGAGUAGUCUCGUACGAGAGACAUCGAAACACUGACACCAACCAGAAGCUUGACAUGAGUGUGGAAUCAUUGGGAAAUAUGAGACAGGAAUGUGAGUCUUUGCGCGAAGAACUUCGAGUUCUAUCUGAGAAAUUAUUAAAACAACACGAUGCUGCUUUGGAAAGUCAGUCAAAAUAUGAUUUACUUGUCACACAACUUCGCAACGAAAUGCAACAUGAGCGUGAAACAUACGCUGUGGAAAGACACAAGUUAGCGAGUCAUCUUGAACAAGCUGUGAAAGAAAGCAAAGAUUUUAGUUCUUUAUUAAGACAAAGAGAAGAGGAGCUCAGCCAUUUAAGAAGUGAGUUUAACGUGACGAGUAGGACUGGGGCCAAGGCCAGUACAGCACUUGAGUUUGAAAGUCGACUUCGUGAGACGUUAGAAAAUAAAAACAGCACUUUAGAAAGCGAGCUGGCAAAAGCCUGGGGGCAAACCAAAUCACUGAUGGAGCGAUUGGCCACGCUGGAAUCUGAUAAAGGACAGCUGGAGAGAGAACUGGAAAGAAAGUCACAAAUGUGUCAGUUGACUGAGGAUAGUUUACAGAAGAAAGAUGGUGAUGUCGUAGGUUUAAUGGUUGCCAGAGAUACCGCUGAACAAAGAGCUGAAGCAGCUGAGAUGAAGCUGAUGUCAAUGCAACGAGAAAAGGAGAACAUUCACCAUGAAUUGGAACGAACCCAAAAAGAUCUUGGCGAAGCAUAUCAAGUGAAAGCUGAACUGGAAAUGAAAAGAGAGGAAAGUUUUACAUUAAAAAAUCAACUUGAUGAUGAAGAACAGAACAGAUCUCUUCAUCGUCUUACCAUCGACGAGCUCAAACGACAAGUCGACAUGCUUCACGGGAGAGAGCGUCAAGCGUAUGACAAGAUUAAUGAACUUCAGAAAAUUCUAAAUGAUUAUGAGCGUACCGUGGAUAUGCUGCAAAAUAAACUACGGAAAAUCUCAGAUGAUAACAAAAUGGCAGAAGACGAAGGAAAAACUUUGGUGGACAAACUGAACGAAAUCCGUCAUACGAAUGAACAGCUUCAGGUUGAUCUUGUUGUCGCUGCGGAGAGAAUUGAGUAUCUUGAGGGGAAAUGUGAGAGAAGGAAAAUGAAAGCAAUACAUAAAAUACAAUCAUUGAAAGAUAAAUUUGAACGAGAAAAAAGAACAACAAACGCGGCCAUGUUGUCUCUUCAAAACUCCAUUGAGUUGUCUCGUAAGAAGAUACAGAAAGAGGAGGAAUGGAAACAAACGACUGAUGGCGUCAGAAAACAACUGGUCGAGGAGAAACAAGAUCUUUUAACAAGGUUGACAGAAAGCGAAGAAAUUAUCCGAGAACAUUUAAGAAAUCUUCGUGAGGCUGAGACAAGAUUGUCCGUAAUGGAGAAAGAAAAUUUGGAGUUAAGAGAUAAAGUGAACAUUGUCAUGAGACAAAAUGAACAUCUGGAAAGACUCAAUCGAAUUCUUGAGAAACCUGAGCAGAACCAAUCACGAAGUCCAAUGAACAGCGGUGUGAACAAUCAAUCAUUAUAUGACGCUCUCAAUAGAAUCCGGUUACAUGAAUCGCUCAACAGUACAGACUAUUCACCGCAGACCUCAAUGAAUGCGGCAUAUAGAACGCCGGAUAAAUCUGUCAACUCUCUGGAUGGGUCAUUUAUUGUAUCACCUCCAUUGGUGGCAACGUAGCACGUGAUAAAGUGUGGUUCUAUGGUACUCGUGUGGAUAUUUUAUUGCUCCUUUAGUAACCCUGAAAUGAGGUGAGGUGUAAGAUGGAGUAUGUGUGGAUCACAUAAGAUGUACUAGAGUGGAUAAUUCCAUAUUGGGCUUUCAUGAGGAAGACAUUGAUAUGGUCCAGCAACCUCAAGCAAGUAGAACCAGCUAUCAUUAGUCGUCUUGGGCAAUGAAUUAUUAAACGGUAAGAUUCGCUGAAAAGGGUGUGAAAAUCAUAAAAUAUUAAGCUUGGUAGCGAGAGUGUAUCUGGGUUUGAACAGUUCUAAAUUAGAUUAAUGUUCAUGCAAGACUGGCACCAGUCGACGAAAGUUGGAGGAUCAAUUGAAAUUUUAUUGUCCUCCUGCUAGUCCGAAGACGGAAGUGACCAGAAUUUCCCAGUAAGUAAAUAAUUUUCCAGUAAGUAAAUAAUUUUCCAGUAAGUAAAUAAUAUUCCAGUGUAUAUACAAUACAGUGUAACCAGACGACAUUUACUAAAGAAUUCUUGACAAUGGGAGGGUGAUAACUUAAGCCAGGUACAAGACGUUUGAAAUACGUUUUCUAACCUAUAUGUAACAAUAAUUUAUUUUUUAUUUGAAAAUUUUGUUUUAUUUAUUGAAAUAAAUGUCAAAAAACG